CUUAGCAUAAAAGACGCGCUCUCAGCCAUAGGUCGUCAAACAGCGGGCGUGCAAAUUUUUCAACUAGACGCUUAAAAAGCACUGCGAUUCAAAACGAAGCUUCAUACGACGUGCACCCUUCGCGCUAUGUGGACGUGCCGUGUGUAGCUAAUAAAUAGAUAAAGCCAAAAAAUAACUAUAUAAAUAUACUUAAUAUACUAUUGAUAUAUCCUUUUCGGGAUACGAACGAACUUUUUCCGCGAACAACUCUCGGUGUUUUGUGGAAAGUGUGAAAACUGAACUCUAAUUUCUAAGAAAGUAGCCAAAUAAAGUGGCCAAUUGAACAAAAGAACUCCAACCAACGCCUUUUGCACUUCAGCAAUAUCUGCGGUGCAAAAUAAAAAUAAAACACUAUUUUUGGAUUUUCGUACAAUCUCAACUAUCAAUCGAAAGAUGGCACCCAACAUUAUAGGCAGCACCUUCAUACUGGCCGAGACAGCCAUUGCCGAUGCUAACAACAACAAGAUGGCCGCCCCACCCGCGUCAUCAGUCAAACAGAGUGCCGUGAAGAAGGUGGCUGUAGCAGCAGCACCCGCAGCCAAGCCAGCAGAGAAGACCGACGCCAAGUCAGCAGCCCAAGCAGAGAAACCCUAUCAGAUGGAGAUCGUGUGGCACAACGUGCUUCUCUUCAUCAUUCUGCACUCGUUUGCCUUGUACGGCCUUUUCCUGAUCUUUGCCGAGAGUGCCUAUAUGGAGCUUUUUGUCAUCUAUUUCACCACUUUCCUGGGAGGUCUGGGCAUUACGGCGGGCGUACAUCGCUUGUGGUCCCACAAGGCAUACAAGGCUAAGCUCCCGCUACGCAUCUUCCUCAUGCUGUGCCAGUCUCUGGCCUUCCAGAACUGCAUCUGGGAAUGGACACGCGAUCAUCGCGUGCAUCACAAGUUCACCGACACACACGCCGAUCCCCACAACUCGCGUCGCGGCUUCUUCUUCGCCCAUAUGGGCUGGCUGAUGUGCAAAAAGCAUCCUGAUGUGACCAGCAAGGGCAAGCAGAUCGAUAUGACCGACAUUGAGCAGGAUCCCGUGGUGAUGUUCCAAAAGAAAUACUACUUCUUCGUCAUGCCCAUCUGCUGCUUCGUCUUGCCGAUGCUCUUCCCCUACUAUAUGAUGGGCAGUUCCCUGCGCGUCUGCUUCUUCUCGUGCUCCAUGCUGCGUUACGCCAUCUCCCUCCAUGGCACCUGGCUCGUCAAUAGCGCCGCUCACUUCUACGGCAUGAAGCCCUAUGAUGUGAACGUGAGUGCCGUGAACACCAAAGUGGUGUCAACCAUCACCUUUGGCGAGGGCUGGCAUAACUACCACCAUGUCUUCCCCUGGGACUACAAAGCAGCUGAGCUGGGCACCUACAACUACAACUGGACUACGGCUUUUAUUGACAUGAUGGCCAAAAUAGGUCAAGCGUACGAUCUGAAAUCGGUCUCUCAGGAGAUGGUCUAUAAGCGCGUGCUACGUACUGGCGAUGGCUCACACAUCGCUGCCCUGCUGGAUGCGAACAACAAUACCACUGCGGCGCCCACGAAUGAGUUGGUCAUGCAUUUGGAUCACGACAAGGAGGAUAACGCCAUCUGGGGCUGGGACGAUAAGGACAUCUCCGAGGAGGACCGCAAGGGUGCUAAUAUUGUCAAUAAUGUUACGGAGCGCAAGCUGGAGUAGGUGGGCGACGCGUGACACGUUCGUUUUAAUCAUAAACUAAACAUACACUUUUUGUUUAAAAAUUGGGACUGCAGUAUUUAAUUAUAUUAAUUGCCUAUACUCCAUAUAUAUGUAUCUACAAAUAUGUAAAUGGUGUCUGCUUUUUAAACGAAACAAAUCGAAUAAUUGUAAACACGAAAAAAGAAGUAGAUGAACGCGUAACAUGUCGAGUCGUGUCCAGACCCUCAGCUGCCUCCCGAUUCUACGCCCACGCCCAGAACUGAGCGAACAAAGAACAAAAUAUUGCUUAUAUUCCAAAAAAUAAUCGAGAUUAGUCAAACAAUUCUUUUGCUACAAAACAAAAACAAAACUUAUAGAAGUGAAAACAAAAAACAAAAAACAAAAAAACAAAAAAACUGUUAUCGAGUGCUACAUGCUAUAUACAAGUAUGUAUAUGUAUAUGUAUGUAUCCACAUAUGUUUAACGACGCAAGAGGUUCUAGAGUUAAGUGUACAUACUAAGGUUUAUUUUAAGUGUCGAUUCUUAUAUGUGUGUAAAUUGUGCUUCUUAAAUAGGUUCCCAUGCGAACGCGCAUUAGUGAUGUAGGCGCAAAAAGCUCUCCUAUUGUAAAAUUAAAAACCAAAAUUAUAAAAAAUCCACAAAAAAAUAUAAAAACCAAUUGAAAAAAUUAUA